UGAGUGUUCUGGGGCACUUAAGACAUUUUAUAACGAUGCCUGAAGUAAAUAUCAGCCAUCUCGAUAAGCAACAGGUUCAACUCCUGGCAGAGAUGUGUAUUCUUAUUGAUGAAAAUGACAAUAAAAUUGGAGGUGACACCAAGAAGAAUUUUCACCUAAAUGAAAACAUUGAGAAAGGAUUAUUGCAUCGAGCUUUUAGUGUCUUCUUGUUUAACACUGAGAAUAAGCUGCUGCUACAGCAGAGAUCAGAUUCUAAAAUUACCUUUCCACGCUGUUUUACCAACACUUGUUGUAGUCAUCCAUUAAAUAAUCCAGGUGAGCUUGAAGAAAAUGAGGCCAUUGGCGUGAGAAGAGCAGCACAGAGGCAUUUAAAAGCUGAAUUAGGAAUUCCCUUAGAAGAGGUUUCACCAGCAGAAAUUGAUUAUAUAACACAAAUUCACUACAAGGCACAGUCUGACAGUAUCUGGGGUGAAAAUGAAAUUGAUUACAUUUUGUUUGUGAGGAAGAAUGUAACUUUGAAUCCAGAUCCCAAUGAGAUUAAAAGCUAUUGUUAUGUGUCAAAGGAAGAACUAAGAGAACUUAUGAGAAAAGCAGCCAGAGGCGAUGUUAAGCUAACUCCAUGGUUUAAAAUUAUUGUAGAGACUUUUCUCUUUAAAUGGUGGGAUAACUUAAAUCAUUUGAGUCAGUUUAUUGACCAUGAGAAAAUACAUAGAAUGUGAAUGCAUAAAUAAAUAUUAAUAUCCUUAAAAAAAA